AUGGACCCCAACAUAGCUAAACCAGAAAUUCAAGAACUGCCAUCAGGACAAGGAACGGGAGAAAAGGCGAAGCAAGAUAUUGAAGACCAAAUAUUUCAAGCAUCAAUGGGGAAUAGGUGGACAGAAGUUCAGCAACUGUACAUCAACAACGAGUUUGUCCAUGAAUCCAAACUCACCAAAUCUGAAGAUACUGCUCUUCACUUAGCUAUCUCUUCUUACCAUCCAGAUCGAUAUGACUCUUUACAGCAUCCUCAUCUUACUUGUAUUAAGGAAAUGAUUGAUAAAAUACCAAAGGAACCAAAGGAAAAUCGACAACGUAUCUUAAAACAGAAGAAUGCAGAAGGGAACACACCUCUUCACCUUGCAGCAGAACUCGGGAUUGUCCCGAUUAUUGAGUGCUUGGUAAACCCAGAAGACCCUACUCUCAUCUGGGAGACCAAUUCAGAAGGGGAAACCCCCUUAUUCAUAACUGCUUAUCUGGGUGUGCAAGAAGCUUUUCUCUACCUACAUAAGUGUGUUCAAUAUGAAAACGGAGAAGGUCCAACUGAACUUUGUAGAAGGGAAGAUGGGGAUAACAUUCUACACGCCGCCAUCUCUGGAGAGUACUUUGAGCUGGCUUUUCAGAUAAUACAUUACUAUCCGCUACUUGUCAACCAUUACAACACAAAGGGCAUGUCUCCUCUACACUUCCUUUCCAGGAUGCCUCAAGUAUUCAAAAGUGGCAGCCAUUUUCGGUUCAUAGAUAGCAUUAUCUACUACUGCAUAAAUAUCGAUGAGCUAGAGCUAAUGACAUAUGAAGCUGAACGCAUAGACUCCUUAAAACUUAAACUCAGUCGGAAUCUCCCAGAGAACUACCAAACACUGGUGGAGUUCUUGGUACUACUUUGGUAUGGGACUCAGAAAAUUCGAGAUUAUAUUAUUGGAGUCUGUACUAGGAAUCGAGAAAACAAGUCUAAAGAUACUACUGGAGUAACUGACGCGAAUCAAGAGAAGAAGGCUCCAGGCCAUCAAAAUGAUCCGAAGAAUCCUCCAACUCAAGCUGAAGGGAAGAGAAAGGGCCAGUUGUUCCCAGCCAAUUUCGCCAUCUUUAUCAAGUUUCUCAAAUGUCUAAUGAAGAUUGUGCUAAGUGUAUUGGGUAUUGAUUAUAUUAUUGGAGUCUGUACUGGGAAUCGAGAAAACAAGUCUCAAGAUCCUACUAACGUGAAUCAAGACAAGAUGUCUCAAGGCCAUCAAAGUGAUCGUCAAUAUGAUCCCGAGAAUCCCACAAUUAAAGAUAUUACUGGAGCAACUAAUGACAAUCAAGAAAAUAAGUCUCCAGAUAUUACUGGAGCAACUAAUGAGAAUCAAGAAAAGAAGCCUCCAGCUGAAGGGGAGAGUAACAAGUUGUUUCCACCCAAUUACACCAUCUUUAUCGAGUUUCUCAAAUGUCUAAUGAAGAUUGUACUAAUUGUAUUGGGUAUUGGACUCCAAAGGAUUAAAAAAUUAGAGGAAACAAAAAAGAAAAAUAAAAGGGGAGUUCAAAUUAUGGAGUUGAUGAUUAAGAAAGAAGAACGUUACAAAUACAAUAAAAGUACUGGGGAAAAGCCAGAAGAUAGGGACCACCAUAGUCAAGUCCCUGCACCUCCUACAAAACCUCCCCCAAUAGUUGAGGAUGAUGAUAAAGAGGACGAAGACCAGAGUAAGAUUGCACCCACCAAGCAAUCACCAACUUCAAGCACAGAUGAGAAAAAGAAAGAUGAUCCCAAGUCCGGAAAAGAAUCUUUUUUACUUUUCCGGUAAUACUUGUGUGGCACAAAAAACUUUGUUAUGCGUGAUCAAGACUUUGCAAUUUUAACAACUCGAGAUCUAUCACGUAAAAAUGCUGAAAAUUUGUUCUAGCAUUUCCAAACUA